AUGGGACUUAUUGAUAUGGAAUUGAUGUUUGAUUUACUGGAUACGGACAUGAGGGGUUAUCUGACCUCAAAUCAGCUCCAAGAUUUUCACGAAUCGCUGUACUUCUCUCCGAUCGAUCCUCGACAAAUCGAAGCUGCCAUAAGAACAGUUUGUGGCAGUUCUUCUCGCGGACUUUGUCCACGAGAAAAAUUUAUGGAUGUGUUAGACGACCUUGACCGGAGGAAAAGCCUCGAAGAAAAAAUUUCUUGGGAUUUUAAAUCACUUGAUGUCGAAGGAAAAGGAAGAAUUUCUCUAAAAACAGCGCUGUUGCUUUUCAAAGCUGUCCACAAUGAAUUGUUUUCAAUGAAGACCUGGCGAUCAUUUGUUUCUCAGCGGGAAUAUCCCGAUGCAGAUGUAUGUUUUGAUGAAAUCAAGAUGUUCCUGUGUAACUUGGUUGAUGGUGGUCCUUGUGAGAAAGAAGAGUUUAACGAAGAGGAGAGAGAUGUUGGUUUGCGGUGUGUUGAAAAUGAGUACAAGAAUCUGAAGGAACUGGAAAAGUUUCAGGUAAGUUCUGAAGGCAUUAAAAGCUGUCUGGCAACAAUUAUUAAAACUUGAUUUCAGUAUGAUGGCCUGAUUCGUCGUGAGCAUCCCAAUUUUAGCAUUUGGAAUGAUUCAGGGGAUCAUAUAGAAAAGUGUGGUUAGCCUGAUUUUCUGAGUUCUUCGAGAUGAUUUGGAAUGGUUUCGUGUUACAGUUAUCAUCCAGACCCCCCUGAGCAUUAUUUGGGAUAAUUAGGCUGAUUUCGAGAGCAGGCUUAGCUUCAUUCUUAACGCUUAAAUAUCAGUAUGCACAUUCUCAACACUGACCUCUUAUCAUUGUCUGUGGUACUGAAUCUAAAGGUUGCUUUUAAUGGUCUUUGUGGCUCAGUUAGCUUGUCUAUAUCUCGCACUAAAAAAAUUUUCUUUGUGAUUACUUGGCAAGUGAGCUUACCCUUUAGCUGGGAUCUAAUUAUUUUGUAGUUAGGAUCUCAGCCUAAGAGGAUUUAAGUUCUCCUAUAAACAUUGUUUGGGCUGGCCUGGUAGUGUGUUACUGUUACUAUUACUGCGUUAGAGUUCAAAGGCUUUUAAAUUACUCUAAGUGGGACUUCUUCAACGUUUACCUAUCAGCAACACGAUGAAAUGAUAAAUCAGUGUUACUGACGCAGUGGUCAAAUGUCUGUGCAUUUGCAAAUGUUACAGCGAAUAGUUGGCAUGCUUCCAGGUUUUUAGAACCAAGCUUUCUUACACAAAUUACAAAUAACCAUGCAAGCCAGUAAGUCAUGGUAUUUGAAAAGAGUAUAACUUUUUUUAGAGCUCAAAACAGAGUUGUAAAAUACCAGGAUACCCAAACUUGACUUAGUUUUCCUUUUCCUUGAGUUUGUUUUUCUUCAUCAGAUUGAUACAAAGGUUUCAAUUUUCUCUGAAUUUACUUAUUUUGCAAGACAGCAACUGUUUCUUAGGUUUCCCUUUCAAAUUCACAAUGGGAAUUAAGGCAAGCCUGCCAAAAUUGAUCCUUUUGGGCAUGAUAAAUGUUUGACAGCUGUAUUGGGUGUAGUACAUGUAUUUUUGACCAUGAGUUGAUAUGAGGAAUCAGACCUCAGACAGUAGGGGAUAAGGUAACAGAUCCAAUCCUACCAAUGCAUCAGCCAAAGUGUUGACCGACAUGUUGGACAACGCACUACUGAUGCCAAGCACUGAGAAGCACUGUGGCUUGAUCCUCCUUCAAUAGUUUUAACUGGAUGUAAAAAAAGUCAGAGAUGCACUGCUGACACAUCACCAACACACGAUUGAGGCUUGUCAUUUAUUGAAAGGGAGACUAGUUGGCAACAGUUGGCUGACAGUGAACAGACUAUGGUCUGAUGCGUUGACCAGUGUAUCAGCUGACAUAUUUUUUGGGUCGGAUUUGUUACCGUAGCCAAUCAUAUGAUUCUGUACUCCAGUGCUCCACCAUGGAGCCACUGACACUGACUCUACAGUAAGGUAGGCUAUUACUAGGUGUGUAUGUGAUAUAUGUCGUGCUAAAUUUGUUUUAAGGAGGAUGAGGCAUCCCUAGCUGCUGAAGAGAGGGAGAGAAUGCACCAGGCCAACAAACUGAAACAAGGAGCUGAACGACGAACCAAGCGACUGGAUCAUGAGGGUGUUGUGGCCCUGCUGCAUGAGGAUGAAGAGUGGGAUGAGAAAGCUGCGAAGAAAGCAAGACAGAAAGUCACAGCUACAGAUUUGAUACAAGCUCUACGAACAAAGUAAGAUUCUUGAGACCUAACAAGAAGUUAAACUAUUCUUUAAGGCUGUCAAUAAGGCAAGAAAAGUUGAAAGUGGAAAGCAAAUACAUGUAAGAUAUAGAAUAAGAGAGAUGGUGAGUUUUGAGCCAGGGAAAGAAAUAGAGAAAGUUUUUUUUUUGUCUUGUGAGACAAAGAAAAACUUUUGAGUCUCCAUGAGGAAUUGAACCUCAGACCUUUGGAUUCCACUCUCCGAUGCUCUACCGCUAAGCCAAAGAGACUCUGUGAUGAGCAAGGCCUACCAUGAAGUUCAUAUGCGAUAAGCAUCCUGCAUACUGCUAGGAUCAGUGAUGUCAAUAGUGUUGCUCACCAUUGAGUCUCUGUAGCUCAGUGGUAGAGCGUCAAAGCAUGGAAUCCGAGUGUCUGAGGUUCAAUCCCUCAUACAGACUCGGAAUAUUUUCUUUUUCCUAUGCUCAUAACAAGACAAAAACAUCUUUCUGUACUUGUAAGAAAUAAUAGGCGACCAGAUUGUUAAGGAGGCCAUGUUGUUUGGUCAGAUUACAAGCAAGACUUAACCUUUUCAGUUAAAAUGUCCAAGGCAUUCCUCGAAAGUUGCUCAAAUUGUAAAGUCAAUUUUGAAUGUAAGUUGAUUUACACAUCUAUACCUAUUACAGGUAAAUUACAAAAUGGCUGGGGGUUUAUGUAGCUUGUAUUUGUUAUACCUGUGUUUCUUGCAUGAUUUUUUUGAACAAUAAUCUAUUUAUCCAUUAUGUUGUGUUCCAUUCUCUUCUAAUAAAAUAACCAUUGACCCCUGAUUUUUUCCUCCCUUGAUGAUGUAGAGGAUCUACAAAAUCUCCAAAACUAUAUUUAAUUUUCAAAGUAGCCUAAGGCUUCACUGAAAACCUCUAAAUCAUUGACAUGUGCCUUUUGUGUAUGGAAAUCACCUUAUUACCAAGAGUAACAACAUGUACCUUCUGUUACCCAGUCUCUUCCUGAAAAUAAAAAAAGGCAAGCAGUCCAUACGACAACAAAAACUUUCAUAGGAACCCUGAUAGCAAGUAAUCCCAGAAUUCUAUAGCAGGAGCUGUAUAUAGUGUAUCUGUAGUAACAAUACGCGCUUCUGAUUGGCGGAAUACGAGUGCAUUGUCAUGUAACACGAGUGCAAAGUUGGAACACGAGUGCAAAAUUGUAACACGGGUGCAGAUUGAAAAUUUUUCAAAGACUACAAAUUUCACUUGCCCUACGGGCUCGUGAAAUUUCGUUGUCUUUGAAAAUUAACUCGUGUUUAUUAACACAAAAUUGUAAGAGAAAUUAUGUUAAUUACCAAUACAAACAUAUUUGAGAUCCUAAACGUUUCAUGAUGUCGAUUGUUAUUCUGCAGGUAUGAGAUCUUGCGUGACAAACUCCUUUUGGAGAUGCUGAGACAUCACAUUGGUGAAGGAAUGUGGACAGUGUUAUCUGAAGAUGAGCAGCACGAACGCCUCAUGCAGUUGAAAAUGCGUGUUCAGCGUCUACGUAAAGACAGCAAAUUAGACGGCGCCAAUUCCCUGCCUGGUGCUGGUCUCACAUUCUUCUUCAAUUUGUCGGCAUUGAUGGGUUUCAGUAGAAUAGGAGAUGAAAUUCAGCAGCAAAAAGAAGCUGAGAAAAUCAAAGAACUGGAGAAGGAAGGUGAAGAUUUUCGAUAAGCUUGUUUACCUCCGUGCUGCAGUAGAUGUUUUAUAUACAAUCAAAUUUUGUACGUGCAAUUUUUAGGCCGUGAAAUUCCCAGAAGUCAUUUCAGUCGGUAGCGAAACGACUUGUGAUUUGUAGCAAAACGACCAUAAAUUUGCAGCGAAAUGAUUUCGAUUUGUAGUGAAACAACUGGUCACCCAGAAGUCACGUAUUUCUUUUAGCACUGUAGAUACAUUUUUCAAGCAAUCUGGUGAUUAAAAUAGGUAAACCGGCCUUUCAGCCAAGUGUUACCUAAAUACAUAACCAAAUUCUCGGAACUAAUUUGCAGAGAAAAAUAUAGUGUCUCGAAGGGAGAAUUUAUAAUUUCAUCGUGUUGCUGAUAGGUAAACGCUGAAGAAGUCCCACUUAGAGUAUUUUAAAAGCCUUUGAACUCUAACAUCAGUGUGUGUUUUCUCCACACUGUUCUUUAUAAGUUUCUUUAGGUAAUGACAAGGAGAAUAUGUGUAACAAUCAAGAAAGUAUUGAGCUGGCGACUGAUAUUGAUCCGUCGCGGAUCAAUAUCAGUAUAUUGAUCCGUCGCACCAAGGGGUUGAAGUAUUUAAAAAUUGUUUUAAUGUUGCAACUGUCACAGGGAAAAGCAACAAGGAGAUAGAGGAAGAAAUGCUCAGGUCUCGUGAAAAAGCUCUACAAGGACACGCCAAGAGUGAGCAACUUCUGAUAGAUCUGGAGAAGCGUUAUCGCCAGGAUAAAGACGCGAUAACUGCCAAAUUGAAAGGCGCUGGUACAAACACCAUGACAGCGGAGCAGAAGCUGACUGAGUAUGGACUCAUUCUAAGAGAGCAGUUACGCGCCCGAGAAGAAGGGAAGUUUGAGAGUGCUGGUUUAGCUGUGGGAAUUGCUGAACGCGUGAAAGAGCAGGUGCAAAGGUACAUGAUUUUCAUUUUGUAUUUUGUAUUGUCGUGUAUGUGUACUUUGCGAGGGACAGAGAAUUGGACAGACAGAAAAACGAACGAUUGGGGAGGUUAACUGACAGAAAAUGAAAGGAAUGGAGGAGAGAAGGGAUUUGUGAAGAGAUAGAAGGAUGGAUUAAUGAUGAGAACUCAUAGUUUAAAACAAGCAAACUGCUGAAAGCGCGGGAAAACGUGGAUAAUCAAGACGCGAUUGGUAUUUUCGCAUCUGAUUGGUUGAGACGGGGCGUAAGUUUUCCAGACCAAUCACAACGAAGGAAAGCAAAACCAUUGAAAUCUUCCAUUACUUUUGACUCUCGAUUGAAAAUUUCUCUUUUUUUUUUUUUACUUUUACCUAAUAAACCAGACCAAAAGAUGACCGCAAACGACAGGAACAGCUUGGCAAAGAGCGCCUUACACAGCGGAAGGGCAGGAAGCUGCCAAGAAACUGGAAGGGAGGGGAACUGGACUUCAGUACACCAGGAGAGGCGGGUCUGGUUGAUGUGUUGGAGGACACUGUCAGAGCAUUGGAAAGGAAACACGCUAUGGAAAGAGAGCUGCUUAUUUACUUGUUACAAGGCCGGGAAAGUGUACAGGCCCGCAGUGCAGCUAAGAAACUAUCUCCAGGUUAGUGGUGGAGGACAAAGUUAAGGGAGACAGAUUUGUAAAUGCGUUCAGUUUAUGUUGGGAGAAUAUGGAUUUAAAAGGUUAGAUAAUAAAGCGGAUUUACAAUAUUAAAUACCGCGAUAUUUAUUAGACUCUAAGCUUUACCGCUGAUUGAGUUUCGACAAUGCUAAGGCAGUACAUGUAGUUCACUGAAAAAAUAGUCUAACAGAAGUGAAGAGAAUUUCCUAAAUUUCUCGCGGCCGUCCUGCCUUAUAGUAAAGGCAUUCAUUUGCAGAGCGUUUACACCCUUUUCAAUAUUUUUCGAGGCGGUGGAUCCAGAGAGAGGGUCUGGGAGGUCCGAACCACCCCAAUGCAAGUAAUGGGGGGGGGAAUGUGGGGGCAGGGUGGGUGUGGGUUAGUCGAGGAGUAGUUUUGUAAAAAUAAUAACUUGUUGUAUGGUGAUAUUCAGACGAGCGAUCCAACCAGCUGCUGGUUUUGAGAACUCAACAACAAGGCUGGCGGAAGCAAAGCUCCACAGAACGCUUGGUUAGCAAAGAACGCCAUUAUGCGAUCCUGCAAGAAGCUGCAGGGCUGGUGAUAGAAGACAGACGAGCUGACCUCAGGGUAUGUCGUGGUACCUCCCCUGACGAUCAGGAGGUAGCGGCAGACAUCAUGGCUGAUCUUCAGCAUUACCAGGAAGUGGAGAGUCAGAUGUUGUUGACACUGCAUAGCAAGGUGAGGAGCAAUUCAUGUAUGUUGUCACUAUCUAUCCCUUUGCGCCCUCAGUCACAAGAGCUUGCUCGCGGGCUAAAAGGACCGCGGUAAAAGGUCAUACAGGCGGUGGAGGCCUGUCGGUAAAUAGCUUUUAUUCAAACCCCUGUUCUAAGUAAGCUCUAGGGUAGCAUUUGCCUCAAAAGACAUAGAGCAGGGAUAGAAAGUUUUAAUGUCUCUCGUGAAUUAGUGGUAGUCCUAAUCAGCUUUGUUAAUUUCCGCAGGACAUGCAAGAAUUGAUUCGUCUUCGACAACUGGAGCACCAAUCAUGGCAAGAGGAGUUGCUCAAUGGGAUAUCAUCUGUUCUUCUUGGCACAGAAGAAAAUGUCUCUCAAGAGGAUGAACUUCUCCAGGCUUUGGAAGAAAAAUACGACACACUUAGAGACAAGCUGCUUCUUGAAGCCUUAGAGAAACAAAUGGGCGCAGCCGAAUGGGCGCAUCUCUCUGAACGAGAAAGACAGGCUCGGCUUGCUAAGCUAAAGCUACAGGAGAGACGUCUGAGACAACAAGGGAGGUUUGAUGAUGCAGCGGCUCUGUUAGGUGAAGGACUUAAGAAUGCUGAGACUCUGCAGGUAUCGUAACUGACCCUUUAACUUCCAAGAUCUGUUGUUAAUUCUCCCCUCUAGCUGCUACAGAUUUUCUUGAAAAUUAGUUAUGAGAAUUGAUCAACAAAACAACUUCGCGGAUAACCAAGUCGUGAGUAGUUUUAGUGUUGCAUCUGAUUGGUUGAGAGGGUAGGUCGAGUUUUUUUAUUAGACCAAUCACACUGCACAAUGAUGCAAAACCGAUGCAAUCUGCAAUAACUUUCAACACUCCGUUGAAAAUUGCUCUCUUGGUGGUUUCCUCUGCGUUAAUUUAAAGGCCUUUUUUUUCUUCAAAAUUUUUUUAAAGGCUCUUUUGGGAGAAAACCGACAGCGUUAUUUAGAACGACUUAAGGAACGCCUAGAGAGGCGCCAGAAACGACUUGAAGAAGGGUUGGAUCCUGACGAAGAAGAUGAGGAAACCAUGCGACUUUUAAAUGAAGAAGAAGCCGUCAGUACUGGCAACAUCUUAAAAGACCUGCAAAACCGUUUUGAUGAGGAGAAGGAUGCACUAUUACGAGGACUACAGGUACAGCGCUUUUAUGUACCAUAAUCCUUGAUUUGUCGCAUAAAUUACGCGCAGAACGCUUGCAAGGGUCGGGAAUGAGCAAGCGAGCGAGAAAGCCCCUUUGAGCGCGCACUGACAUCUCGCACGUGCCUACCAAAGCGUCAUACGCUGCUCCAAGUUUACACCCGUGGACGCGUCCUAUGUUUGAAGUAUCAAGGUUUAAGUUACAGUGGUUCUCUGAUUCAAGUCUACUCCUGGAGACCCGGCCUAAAUUUGAGAUCUCCAGGUUAAAACUACAGUGAUUCACUGACACAUGUCUACAUCCGGGGACCCGGCUAAAAUUUAAGAUCUCAAAGGGUAAAACUGUAGCGAUGCACUGACACAAAUUCACACCCGGGGAACAAAGUUUAGGAUUACGGAUGUAAAGGAUACCUAAGGUUUGAUUGAAUGGUAUUCUACUCUUUCUCUUUGUGUUAUCAGGAGGAACAAGACCGGAAAGCUGCAGAAAAACGUCGUCAGGCUGAACUUGUGAGGCUCAAACGCGAGAAAAGACAAGCUGAACAAGAAUCACGGUUUGAUGAAGCUGCGCUGGUACUGGGGCUGGCGGAAAGAAACAGACAGAACCUUGAAGAAAAGUGAGGCAGAAACGUGACCAGUUCUUAGCUUCUUGAGAACUGAUGGAUCCAUUUUCAAAAACUUAAAGUUUUAUUGUAGUUCGUUAAAUCUCUUUAACUCAUUUUUUUUUUCUGGUCAUCAGGUUACGCCGUGAUCGGGAGCGUCAAGAACAGCUAGCAAGGGAACGACUGGCGAGAAGAAAGAGACGAGGAAAACCUGAGGAGCAGGAAGAUGACGAUGAACCAGAUCCCGAUAAAGGUUAUGUAGACGACAAGUAAUCCCUCCUUUUCGGCCUUGUCCGUCGCGCGCCUCAAUAAAAAUCAGUACAUGAAAAAAAUUAAUGAAAGAGGGACGUGCGCAUGUCUUGGAGUGAACCUACUUUUGGUGUGCCUCACUCGCUCGCCCCGAGUUCCUCCUCGGCUGCGCUGCGCUGCGAUUCUUAAGCACUUUAUGUUUAUUUACGUCAUUGUAAAGCGCUAUUGGACAGCGAUAGAAAGAGCUCUAAUUACAUAUAAUAUUAUAAUUAUUACUCCCAUAGUUCAGUGCACCAACAUCAACACCAAUUUUUUCACUAAUUUUGGUUUUAACUCGUGCGACGGACUUCGCCGAAAAGCAAGGGACGCUUCGUAGUCUAAAGUUCAUUAUACUGUUUGUUUUGUCUGUGAGUCGCAGCUGUACUCUAUUUUAUUUCCACUUAAAUUCACUUAACGAAUUCAGCGCGACUGUGUAGCUUUUUUUAUCCACCUCAUUCAUGCAAAAAGUUGAAGAAGUAGCGUCGCUUUAAGUUAAGUCAAGUGUUUCGACCAUUUUAGAAGAAGACUGUCUGUCGCUACGAUUUUUGCUGUAGUUUAAAAGUAGAACACCUCACUCCACCCCACCGUAACAUUAACCUGCGCGCAGGCCCUCGUAAUUGAAUUUCGGGACGAGCGUUUCUCGCCCGCGGGAAAGUAUGAAGCCUUAAGAAACGCGAGCCGUCGAGAGGUCAGCCCAGAUAUUAGUGCCACGCUUCCUGCAGCGCUAAUGAUAACGAAGGCCUACUCUCAUGCUACUGCAAAACUAGGGUUCAAAUCAUUUUUGUGUGUGUGUUUCGUUACCCACGUUGCCUACAACAAAACAAAGAUCGUUCUUCACGAUCGGCAACUUCUCCUUGAUCCAUAGAUGAUUUACAAGGCUGGCAGGACGCUGUGUUGAAGUCACUGGAGAGAAAAAACCGCGCAGAACAGGAAUUCUUGAUGGGAUUGCUUCAAGAUGAGAGCAGCGAAAGCAUGCGGGAAGAAGCCAGAACUGUUAGUGAAGACGACAGACUUAAAAGACUCAGUGAGCUUAAAGGAAAGAGAGAGGAACUUGACUUGGGUGUUAAAGGUUAGUUUAAGAUGCUAUUCAAACUUAAGUUCAAGGGUUAAAGUGGAUUUUGUUAAAAUUUUGUUUUUGUUUUUCCUUAGCUGACCAACUUCUCCAUGUCGACAUCCUGGACAUGGCCGCUGCUUACAAAUUUGAAGUUCAGCGAUACAGACUGGGUAGUGAAAAGGAAGGUGAAGUGAACGAUGAAGAAGUUACAGUCGCUAUGAUGGCUGACUUACAAGAAGAACAAGACAAGGAGAGUGCAGGAGUCCUAGGAAAUCUUCAGGAAAAGGUUGGAGGGACAAGAUAAAAAACCGUCAAUUGUUACUUUACAUCCUACUGUUUACUUCCCAACACUGAAAAAGCCUUGAAAAAGGCCAAGUCUCUGAUUGAAAACCGCCAAGAUACAAGAGCGCAAAUUCCCUUCCCCACCUCCCUCCUCAUGGUAUAUGCUGGAGAUUUCAUCAAAGCUGGGGGGGGGGGGGGGGGGGAGGGUGAGGGGAUUUCUGACAGCAGCGAAUAAAUAGGACUUAUAGAAUAUAGGGGCUUUUUCAGGAUGAUUAAGAUUAAUUAAUUCUUACUCUUUGAUAACAGAAAUACAGUCUUUCUUACGUCCUCUCUGUCUCCAGUCCUUCAUCCAAAACCUAUUCCUCAGACACUGAAGUGUUGUUUUUGGGGAGGAGAAAGCGUAGAAACAAGAGAAAAGCCAAUCAAAAAUGAUGGGGUGAGGCCAGGAUAGAAGAACCCAGGUUUCUGGGAAAUGAGCCAUUCUCGGCCCUGCGCCUCCCCUCCCUUCCUCCUCCCUCCCCCCCCCCCCUCCCCCCCCCCUCCCCCCCCCCCCCCCAACAAAAAAGAAAAAAUAUCGAAUCAUUUUCACCGGAAACAUAUUUAACGAAUGAUUUUUUUUUUUAUCAGACUCAAGAAGAGCUAUCCGCCAUGAAGGAAAAAUAUGAACAAGAGCGGAAAGAUGAAGUUGUGGAGAAUGUGGCCACAGUUUUGUUAGAGUAUGAUGGGACUGGAUCAGACAAUGAUUUGAUCUCAGCUCUGGAUCAGAAAUAUGACGCGCUUAAAGACAAACUCUUACUGGAAGCUAUCAAGAAGCAGUUAGGUAGGGGUGUUGUGGUUUAAAUCUUCAUCCUUUUUAGUCCUUAAAUGUUUUUUUUUAAGUGACCGAGAGAAUUAGGGAGGAAAAAAUUUUAGAACGCUUCUGCGAGGUUGAUAACUCUGUUAUUAACCUUGAACCCUGGAGUUACAGUCGAUCGUGUGCCUUCUUUGUUAAGUUAGCUGAUUUAGACAUACUAUUGAAGAAUAUGCCUGUGGUGCGUGUGUACUGUGCCAGUUGAAAUAAUGUGAUACCAGAAACCCUUUCUCUAUUAUUGUGAAAAUGUAAGGGACAGAUCCCCAACAAACGAGCCUCCAUUCUAAUAGACCGUUAUAACCCUUCUCCUACGACAGAUGUCGCCUCUCUCUCCGACUGGGCAGAGAGGUGCGAUAUACCGAAUUACGUCUGGGAUCGCAGACUCGUCUCCCAGAUGCGAAAAGACUACCCUGCGAUGUCUUCAUUUUAUUGUAAUACUUUUGCGACAAUAAAGCCUCAACCUAUGAGAGUAAUAUCAACGGUCAGUCAGAAUGAAGACAAAAAUGUCAAUGAACCGAUGAUAACUCAAAAAAGUUUUAGCAGACGACAGGUCCUUGAGCGCGGGAAAACGUGACCAAUCAGGUUUCGAUUGGCCUCAACUUUACGUCUGAUUGGUUGUCGGAGAAGGUGACGCGAGUUUCUUUCGGCCAAUCCUAGUCCGAAUUUUCGGAACUGAAUGUAAAAAAGUCUCAUUACUUUUUCGUAUCGUUUCAUGUAGGAGACGCCGAAUGGGCGCAGCUGUCAGAGCAGGAGCGGCAGAAGAGACUUGUGAAGCUCAAAUUAGAGGAACGACGACUGCGGAAGGAAGGACAACUGGAUGAACUGCACCGUCUGCUGGGAGAAGGAUUUGAAAUGGACGCCAAUCUUAGAAAAUUGAUGGGUGAAAACAAAGCAAGGUGUGUUUAAUGUUACUGUCAGUGACUGCAAGCCGUGAAACUAUGAGUAUCGAACUUCAACUUUCUGGAGGGUAGGGAGAGUAGGGGGCUGAAUGAUCAUUUUUUGAAUCACCAGACACGAUAUGAAAAAUUACCCUCAACGUUAAAAGGAAACAAGAAACAAUUAGUUUGGUGAUGAUAUUUGCUGGCUACAUCGCAAAUGAACAGAUAGUGGUAAUCAUGAUGAAAAUUGGCCAAACAAGAUCUUCAGGAUCCCUCAGUGAUCGAGAUUAGCGGUCAUCCGGUCGUCGGAGACGACCAGAAAGUUUAUCGCUGAACUAACUACUGGUAAAAUUAAGAGGCUUUUUUCAUUCCCCUUCCAACUUUUUGAAAUUCUAAUUGUGACAGGUACGAAGAAAAACUGAAGGAGAGACUAGCAAAACGUAGGGAGCGAUUAGCUCAGGGAUUGACGCCUGAUGACGAUGAUGAGGCAGAGUUAGAGGAUGGUGAGGCGGAAGGAGAAGGAGUAACAGAUUUGAAAGCUAUAUUGGAAGAUAUGGACAAAAGGUACUUGGUAGAACUUUAUUCAUAGCUUGAUUUACCAGGCUGAAAGUUUUUUUAGAGGUUCCUCCGUUCAUCCGCCCGCGGGAAGAUUUGACACGAGUCGGGAAGAGGUUUGCUGGGGGUUUGGCACUAAUAAUGAUUAGUGCCAGACCCCUGGCAGACCUCUCGUCGGCUCGCUUUUCUCAAGGAUUCAGACUUUCUCGCGGGCGAAGAAACGCUCGUGUUGCAGCGCAAAUAAUGACAGCCUGUCCCUAGGAUAGAGGUAAUGGAAACAAAAAAUUAUACUCAAAUUGUCUGGUUUACCUCAUGUUUCUUUAGAAAAUAUAUCUAUAUCGCGAAGAAAGAUGCUGGCUUGAUGUAGCUCGUGGAAUUUAACACUCGCAUACGGCUUUUGGAAACUUCGAAGUUUCUUGUUGUUUCAUUGCGUAGUUAAAAUAUUUUUAUAGCAGGCACAUUUUUCAAAUGUCAACAGUUCACUUUUUGAUGUUAAACGAUGUUUGUGGAGUGAAAUGCGACCAUUUAUCCCGGUUGUAUUGCUUAUGGAUUAUUUUACUUUACGGAAUUUGCAAUGACUUUCAGAAGAGAAUACCCCACAUGUGUCGUUUCUUAUCCUUUCUUUAGGGAACAGUGAUGUAGAAUUUCUUGUUGUUCGAAGCCGAGUGAUGCCCUAAGAAUUAACCCCAAGUGCUUGUUCCUGUGUCAUGCUUUGAAUGUCGAGAGCUCGGUUUUAGAAUGGCUUUUCCUACUCGGAAUGUUCAGAUAUUGUCUUCCUGAAGUGAUUUAUGGAAUUGGUAGCCUGUUUUAGUUGUGCAAUUAGUGAAACGCAGCGGAAUACUAAAAGGUGCAAUAGCACCGGCGGAACGAAGACGGAAAAGAGGUCGGGUUGUGAAAAUCAUAACGCGACCCAAACCUCUCUCCGCUAUCAUGGCGCCGUUCGCUUUUUUUUGCUUCGUUUUACAAACUAAACGCUUGGAAAAAGCUCUGGAAUUUAAUAUAGGGAGGUGAGAGAACUUGUCCAACUAAGAAUGAUCAAGUCCUGUCUUCUCCAAAGUUUAUCCAUUGAAUUUGAUAUAGAGAGGGAAAGAGAAUUUACCAUCUCGUUACUGCUUUCUUCAGAUACGAGGAAGAGAAGGAAGCGCUGAUGCGUAGUUUACAAGGAAAAGACGAACACUUCAUGAGCGAAAGACAGAGACAGGCUGAACUGGCUCGUCUGAAACGAGAGAAACUGAAAGCGAAACAAGAAGACAAGUUUAUCACGGCUGCGUUGGUACUGGGACUGGCUGAGAAACAGAAAGCUGCAGUGGAAGAAAGGUUGGGGACCAGUCAUUUUUUAUCGCGGGAGGGGGGGGCGGGGAGGGGUGGUGGAGGAUGUUGAGGGGGAGAUUAUAUGGUUUUCCGGGGUAACAGAGAUAAGUCGUCGCUAACAGAGUGUGAAAAGGGAACUGUAGAAAAUUGACCGCCAGUGAAGGGGAUGUAACCGAUGUUGGAAUCUAAAGGUGAUAAACUUUUCUCUUUUUGUGUUUCUAGGCUUCGUCAAGACCGUUUGCGACAGGAACAAUUGGCACGAGAACGACUGGAACAAUUGCGUAACCGCAAAAGAGCCAAAGAACAAGAGGCCGAGGAGAAACUGGUGACUGACGGGGAAGUCAGCGUCUUACAAGAAGCUGUAAUGAAGGCGCUGGAACGGAAACAUCAGGAUGAACGGCAGGUGAGUAUCAGAUAAGUAAAUCGAACCAGGGAAAUCUUAAAAAGAGACGUAGGAUUUUCUCUAGAUGGACCAUAUUUCAAUUUUUAUACUGCUUUUCCGCGUCUCCCCUUAAAAAAACUAAACAAAAAUUUUAAAAACAAUUAAUCAGAACAAAAGAACAGGGCAGAAGGAGUUGAUGGGAACCAAACCAAACCACGCACGUGUAAAUUGUCUUAAAGGCGGUAAAACUUGAAUGACUUAGUUCGCCAUCUGAUUGGUGGAGAGGGCGGCGUAAGUUUGGUUUGGACCAAUCAAAUAGCGUAUUGAAACGAAACAAAUGCAUCCCUCGUCCCUAACCAAGUGCACCGCCUGGGUUUGACUUUUCAUCGCAAUUUCGUGGGCUCGACGCCUCGUAGGGUCUCCGAUAUUUCAAUCUUGCUUUUGUUGUUUUGGAUUCUUUAUGCACUUGACACAUUCUGGAGAAAGGUAUGGAUUUUCAAGCGCAAUUCUCGCUUGAGGACGCAGGCGAAAUUUAAGGAAAAAAACAAAGGAGAAUUUCUGAUUUGAUCAUGGGUCUUUAUUAGGCUUUACUUGACGUGUUGCAACAAGAAAUGCCGGAAUUAGCUGAGGCCGCCGCGACGAUGACUCAACAACAGCGAGAGAAUUGGCUCCAGCAGAUCAGCAUGAAAAUGAAAGGUCUUGAUCCAGGUAUGGAAAUACUCUUAAGAUCUAAGAUCGCUCUCUCCUUUUUAACCUAAGUUGAACACUUUUACAAAAGCGAGUUUUCAAAGUCAAGUUUUCCUUAUUCAUCUUGUUCCUCUCACAGCCGACAAAGAGGCCCGUCAUAAUUUACUCGUGGAAGCUGCUGUUUUUAAAGUUGUAAACCGACAGAAGUAUCUGGAACUGUCGCAAGAGGAAACUGUGAAGAAAGAUGAUGUUAUUGUGUCGCUGUUGGCAGACUUGCAGCAGGAACAGGACCAAGAAAGCGAAAAACUUGUGAAUGAAAUGCAGGACAAGGUAUGUUACGUCUCUUUGGUGGUCUGUGUAAUUCAGUAAAGAGCUUUUCUAUUGAAUGUCCUAAAACCACAACGUAAUAAUCACAUGGCCAAUCAGAAUUAACGUGAAUAUCACAACCGACAAGAAGCCAACUGAAAGUGGAAUCAGGCGCGGGAAAACGCGGGUGACCAAAUUGCGAUUGCUCAAGGUGCUUAUUUUGAUCAUAAUUAAUCCAAUGUGACUUGUACCCUUGAAAUAAGGAACUGAUUCUAAACAAUGCCAACAAGUUUUAGUCAUAUUUACAUUAGACUCCGUAAUAUAUUUCUGUUGUGAGCCAAGAUGGUGCUUCUUGUCUUCCCAAGUUGUCUCGUUCAAAAUAUUUGGUUGUUUCUUCUUGGACGUAAACGUUGAGCCAGUUUGAUUUGUAUUGUCUUUUCGGUUUAGGAUAAAACAGAGUUAGUGCAACUUCAAGAAAACCUCUUCCAAGCGCGAAAAGACGCCUCCCAACCGAACGUCGUUGCAGUUGUCACGCAAGCUGAAAUCUGGGGCACGGCUAACGAGCGUGACCUGUCACAAGCCCUGAAUUACAAGUAUGACGUGUUGAAAGACAGGCUACUGCGUGACGCUCUUAUGCAACAAGUUGGCUUGACUGAGUGGGAGGCACUUUCUGAGAAUGAUCGUUUAUCCAGACUGGCGCAGAUGAAACUGAAAGUACAGGCUUUACAAAGUGAAGGUAAACCUUUCAUACAUCUUCCUUGAGUUCAAAACGUUUUUACAGGAUGUCUUUAGGCGGUGGUUAAAUGACAAAAAAAACUUAAAAAUAAAUUUGAACAUUCCACGCGAGCGUGAUACAGAAUGAAAAUCUGAGUCUGCCACGAGAUUUUAAACUCCUUUCAGUUCCGACUUUGCAUACAAGUGCUUUAACUAGAGUACAUUUAUAUAGCGUGUUGUAAAACUAAAAGGAACAGCUAAUUAAACAAUGGAAAAUAUCGCAACGACCCAUUGGAAAUUCGUAGUAGAAAUAAACUGCUCAUAACGCAGAUUGACCAAGUCACCACGAGUUUCCGGACCAAUCACUCUGUGAAACAAAGCGAAACUAAAGCAAUCUCGGAUUACUUUCGACAUUCAGUCGAAAAUUGCUCCAACUUAGCCUAAAGAAGGCUUGUUAGAGAGCUAAGAAAUGUUCCGGGCUCCUGUUGAUACUGAGUUAUUUUGUAAUCAGCUUUCGAUGAAAUAACUUUACUUUUAGACUUAGUUGGAAAUAACUCUUUUAAAAUUAUCAAAAGAACUUGAAGUUUCAGUUGCUUGUUGCCUCUUCCUGAGACCAUGUGUUUGUGACCUGAUUCAAUGUAGGAAAUCAAGACGAACUGAAACGGCUUUUAGGUGAAGCAGCAGCCAUUAAUCUCAUGUCACUGAUGGGUGCGAAUGGCACGCAGCAGAAGCAACGGCAGAAUGAACGACAACAAAAGAGGGAGGAAAGAAAAUCUCAAGGAAUGUCAGACGAGGAAAUUCUCAAACUCGAGGCUGAAGAAGAUGUCCAAGCUGAGGAAGAGGCGCUUAAAAAAUCCACUGGGAGUACAGUUCAGGAUCUUGAGGUAAAUAUCUCUGUUUAUCGGAAGUUUUUGGACCAAAUUUGUACCUGACAACAACGCCGUGAGAAAAUACUCGAAGUAAAACAACAUAGAUUAUUUAGUUUUAUGAAAUGAGUCGGUACUGUAAACUGGCCACCGUAAAGAGUUUCUUAAGCUGACGUUUCCAGCGUCAGCCUUUAAUUACAGCGAAUGGCAAGGGACUAACGCUCGAAACGUCAGCUUUAGAAAGUCGUUACUUUGCCAAGUUAAAUUAUCAACUCAGUUGAUAAAACCAGUUUAUCUUGUAUUGCCCCCAGCGAGGCAACACACAAUUUUUUAGAAACUUACCCCUUAAUUCAUUUGUCGUAAUAUAACGUACAUCAUUUAAACCUACUCAAUCUAUGAAUUAUCAGUUGUGGUGGGUAGGCGGACGUUUCUCAGAAGAUUUUAUCUUCUCAGAAUGAUGUUAUCUCUUAUGUUUUGCUUUAGAAUCGUCUCAGUAUUGAAACAGACAGCCUGUUAGCUGACGUUCGCGGGGCCGACACUAAAUUUGAAAGCGAGCAACACCGACAUGCGCAGUUGGCGCGAAUCCGUCAUGAGGAGAGGCAGGCCUUGCAGGAGAGCUCGUUCCAACCUUCCGCUCUGGUGCUUGGACUUGCGCAAGCUCGUCAAGUUAACAUGGAUAGCAGGUAAAGAGUGACCACCAUCUGAUUUCUCCCUAUAGUAUCACUGGCGAAUCAAACGCUUAAGUCAUGAGAAUAACGGAAAUGAUCAAGAACUACAGAAUGUACAGCUGGACUAUUUUUGAAGUGUUUUCAAUUCGCGCCGUUUUAGAGCAAAUUUUUGGCCCACGAGCGUUUGUACCAUUAGAAAAUUGCAUAGUUUUUUUUUAUGGCUGUUAUCUCGAUAAGUGUGACUGUCAAAAAGGCAAACGUUUCACGGUGGGUGUACCGUCCAUAAGGAUCAGUGAUGCUCCUUCCUUGCGUUGUGUAGCAUCUCAAGAUUUCUUUAAAAUAACUGUAGUGCGAGGCUUGAUCAUAACUGAGACAUAUGCCAGUAUUUUGUAUAAAGUCGACCAUUUUGAAACUCCAAAAAUCUCCCAAGGUUUGGUAUUCUUGUUUUACGUGGCACAAAUCGUGAGGUAACCAAGGGAGCGCUCAUCACUUAUCGCCUUGGGGGAAGGGGGGGGAGCUUGUGGUGGAGGAUUGUGGUUAAGAAGAGGGGGGGGCUGGGGGCUGGAGAAAUUGGUUGUGUAACAAUAAAAUUUACCCGAUCCCCCCUAAGGCUCUGCCGUAUUCUAAUGAUCCUCCUCAUUAGCAGUCAAUUGUGUAUAGUCCCCCGUUUAUGUUCUGUUAGCGACGACUGAUCAUUCCUCCGUACCCCCUGAAAACCAUUUGUUCCCCCAAGCUCCACGACCCACCCCCUCCUCCCCUAAACUGGCCAUCGAUAAUGACUAGUCCCAGAGUUUGAUUUUUUUUUCUAUCAUAGCUCCAAACAGGAUCAGGACCGUCAAAAACAAUUAGCCCAAAAGAGAUUAAUCGCGUGGCAACAGAAAGACCAAUCAGAGAUGAAUAAAGUUAAGGAACAGCUGAAGGCAUUGGAGACUGGAAGCGAACCCGAACCAGUCUCCAGUACGAGCAUUGGAGCUCUGCAGGUUUGUGUGGUUACAAAGCUACAAGGGAUUUAAGGUGCUUCAGCUUAGCUAGUAGGAUUUUCAUAAAUCCUUUUCGCGCGCGUAUUCGUCAGUGUCAGUGUAAAUCCGAGAGAAGCCCGACCCUUAUUUACAUGAAAGACAAGAAAUAUUGGGAAAGUCCUAAACACAUUUUUACCAAUCAAUUUUCAAGCUGAAAGAUGUGGAGAAGAAAUGGAGUUCGGUUUAUAAAUCCCGCAUUCUCUAAGUUAUAUGAGCCACAGGUCGGAAUAACAUUCACUGGCGUUGGGAGAACAAGAAGACGAAGAAAACGAACUAAACCUGCUUUUGAAACGUCGAAUUUCCUCCCGCCGAUUUACGUCUGAUUUCAGUCCGCUUCGAUCUGCCACGAUGUCUUAUUGAUCGAGGAGGCGAUCCUGCGUUCGGAAAGUUUCUUAAGUUUUCUAAUUUAGUUGCCGAAAUACUGAAACAGUUUGAGUUAAUUCACGGGUGUAGUGAAUGUUUUCAAAGCCUUUCUUCCGUGAGGGUAAGCCUGAGGGCUUGUUUCACAUUUUGCUUUGUUUGUUUGUUUAUUUUUUUUUUGUUAAGAUAUUAUGGUCAGAAGUCGUGUUUGAUUUCGUUGUACUUUGCGCUUCAUUUCGCAGGAGGCGGUGUUGAAAGAAAUGGAACGCAAGCAUCUGUGUGAGCUCCUAGUUCUAGAACGUUUGAUCAGCGAAGAAAAAGAAAGUGACCUCAGGAAAGCAACUCAACAACUUAAUAAAGAACAACAACAAGAGAGGCUAUUCGAACUGAAGGUUUGUACGAUCAGUUCUAAUUCUUUUUUUCAGUUGUAGAGCUUUCUAAAGACUUGUCGGAGAUCGUAGCAGGAAAGUGGUAAAUUCUUUAGUUGGUUGUAGAGUAAGGAAGGUAUUAACCAUUUGGCAAAAGGAGACGAAGUGAAAUAUACAAGUCUGUUCCGAUUUUGCGGUCAGCGCACUUCCAGAAACUGAGAACUUUGUGGUGAGCAAGGGUCAUUAGUAGGUUCAUAUGUGACAAACGGCUACGUGGAGGUUGUGGGGGGGUGGGGGUGAAAAAUGGUAAAUUGUAAGCUUUUUUUCGUCGAAUAAAGGCUUGCUCACUGUUGUUGUACCAUUUAUUUGAUUAUCGCCUCUAUUUCCAGGAACUGCGAAAACAGUGGCGGGAGUCUGGACCCGAAGAAAUGACAGAGACCGCUGACGAGCAAGAAGCGAUACUGCGAGAAGGUGUAGGCUUGAAGCUUGAACUGAGCCGUGAGGAACUGAGGCAGAAGGCUGCAGGGGAAGGAAAGGAACUGGGGCCGGAUGACGAUGCUGUGUCUCUUCUCGCUGCCCUUCAGCAACAUCAGGAACAAGAAGCUGAAUAUUUGCUGCGAGAUCUUGCUGUGAAGGUAAGGAACAGAGUCUUUGGGGAAAGUAGUUUGUAUUCCUUACUUUUAAUGCAAACGUUGGUCAAGACGGCUCCAACUAUUCAGUCUGUGGAUGAAAGCAAAAUGAAAGCUUUUGAGAAGUUCACGUGGUUAUGGUUUUUUUUAUUGCUGUAGAGGGUGGUUCUAUCUCUUAACCCUUUACACCUUAACAUCGGUAUGCACACUCUCCAUACUACUCUCUAUAACUUUCCAAGGUGCUGAUAAGGAGAAUUUGUUUAACAAUCAAGAGCUUCCUUAGUUGGUGAUCAUUUCCUUACUUCUCCUGACCUUAAUGUUUGACUCAGAGGUGAUACUGUAAGGAGAAAUUAGAUGCUGAUCACUCUUAGGAACCAAAGGGUUAAGUCGGUAGAUGAUUGGAUGAAAUCGUAGGUUAUAGCCAUUCAAAUGAAAGGAACUGAGCAGUGCUUUGAUAUGGUCUUGUUUAUUAUGUCGUGGUUGAAACUUUUACGUUUGUGGAUGAAACCUCAGUGUAUGACCACAAAUGAAACCUACUGUGAAGCGCUUUCAUUUGGUAUUAUGCUGUCCAGGGCGGUUCUCUGUUGAACUUUUUCGAAGAAACCCAAGUUUGUGACAGGCAGUCAAAUGCUCUCAUGUGAAACUAUAUUUUUGUACUGUACAAGGUGCAAUUUAAUGUCGUGUUUCAGUCAAUGAUGUAACGAUUCAAGAAAGUCUCGCGUCUACUAAUUUAUUUCAUCGUUCUUGUUUAGAACCCCAUGGUGCUUCAGCAGCUUCAAAGCGUGCACUCGAUGGCUUGCAAAGAACGUUGGUACGACAAUCUGGCUGCCUGUGUGUUGGGUCUGAAGAGAAAACAAGCUCGCCUCACAACGGAGGAAUCUGCAGAAGAGGAACUGGUAGAGGCACUGGAGCAGAAGUAUGACGCCUUGAAGGACAAACUGCUGACAGAAGUCCUCAUGAAACAGAUGGGAGACGCGGAAUGGGCGGCUCUGUCCGAGAGGGAGAGGCAGGCCAAGCUGCUGAAGCUGAAGCUGCAGGAGAGGAGGCUAAGGCAGGAGGGAAAGUUAGACGAGGCCUCCAGGUAAGUAGAACAGGAAUGAGGCAGUGGUGAGGGCGCUGGAUUCCCAACGCAGGGGCUUUGAUAGGCGUCCCGAUCCUAAAAUCAGAUGAUGAUUGAGUUCAUUGUAGUGCUUGUCUCGAGAGAUUUUCACCAGCUGGUCAUAUUUCAUCCCUCCAGAAACCCAAUAGUUUAGGGAUGUGUGGACAAAGAGAAACUAGGUGGAGGUGAUGCUGCUAAAUUUAUUUAUUGAUUUAUUUUGUUUAAAUAUUUUCAAGAAACCAGACCGAGAGUUUUCAUUCAAGAUUUUAAUGCCUCCUGCACUACCUUUGUUCUACUCACAUUUCUUGGUGAAGUAUUUUCUCACGGGAGACUUGACCUUGAAAGAAAAUUCAGUUUUUAUUUUCCAGUUGGGUACAUUUUGUUUUUCUUUCCCUGUUUUUUUUUUUUCAUUUUCCUCUUUGAAACCUCUAUGUCGAAUGAAUAUGAAUUUCUUGACUGUGUUAACAAUUGCAUGCUUUUUAUUUUUUCUUUUCCAAUACCAGGUUACUUGGCGAAGGAAUGAAACACGACGCAGCUUUGCGCGCCCUGAUGGGCGAAUCUAGGUCGCAACAAAAACAACGUCUGCAGGAAAGACUUGAAAAGCUACGUAAGAUGAGACAACAGGGAGAAGAAGUGAAUCAAGAAGAAAUGGCCGCACUUGAACAAGUAGAAGCAGAAGGAGUUGAUGCAGUGGAUGCUGACGUAUUGAAUCACCUGAUCGAGGAAACAGUAACUGAUGCUGAACAAGUCACAACGAAUACCCUGCUGAAUGAUCUAACGGUACGGUUCCCCCCCCACCACCUCUUUCUUAUAAAUUACCCCUGGGAUUCUUUUCUACCCUUCUCAUUUGACUUCCUCAUCAUUGUUUUUCCAUGCAUCUCCCUCCUUUCCUUCUGUAUUCCGCUUUCGAAUUCCAUGCUCUAUACUCCCUCCCCCCGCUUCCCUUCUCGUAAAUAUCUUUUUUCCUCUUCCUCUCACCUUGUCCUUUCCUCUAGUUUCAUAAUUUCUAACUCUCCACUUCUCUUCCUUUACACACUUUCCCAUAUGUCUUAGCUAACCCUUCCCUUUCCUAUAUUUUUUCUUUUCAUUUCCCUCCUAUUUUCCCCUUCCCUUUUUUAAACAGUUUCCUCUUCCCCUCCACCCUUUAUUCCUCCCCCUUACCCUUACUCUUUCUAUGUCAUAACUCUGAGCCUUCGAGGUACUUUUUUUCCUGCGUCAUUUUCUUUCCAUCCUCUCUUUCCUCUCAUAAAAUUUCUCAUCUUUUUCUUCUUUCGAACAAAAUGCCACACCAACUCUUGUCAGUCUCUCUUAAGUCUCCUCCAUUGGAUUGCAAAAGACCCUGUUUAAAUCUCUCAUGCUUUAUUUUAUAGUCUCAAUUUGAGGAAGAAAAAGAAGCCCUGCUGCGAGGUCUCCGCGAGAAAGACGCGAGAUUUGGUAGCGAGAGGAAGCGACAACUAGAACUGGCAAAACUGAAGCGAGAACAGCGAAGACUCAAACAGGAAGACAACUUCGAUACAGCUGCUGUUCUAUUUGGGUUGGCCAAACAGGAACAGGCCGCCAGAGAGGCAAAGUAAGUUGCUUGCGUUAAGUUAGAGAAGUUUUGAAUAAAGUCGUAAAACCAAAAGCAAAGUGAUCACAUCGGCCAAUCAGAGCAAAGGAGAACGUCAUCAUUAACCAACGAGAACCCAAUGUAAGACCGGCAAUCUGCUUGAAGCGCGGGAAAACGCGAGUGACCAAAUGGGGAUUGGUUUUAGUUUUUGUAUUUGAUUGGUUGAGAUGAUGGCGCCAGGUUUCUGGACCAAUCACAGAGCGAAGUGAAGAAAAAGUUAGAGAAGUUUUUAAUAAGGCGUCAUAAAACCAAAAGCGAAGUGAUCACAUCGGCCAAUCAGAGCAAAGGAGGACGUCAUCAUUAACCAAUGGGAACGCAAAGUAAGACCGGCGAUCUGCUUGAAGCGUGGGAAAACGCGAGUGACCAAAUGGGGAUUGGUUUUAGUUUUUUUAUUUGAUUGGUUGAGAUGAUGGCGCCAGGUUUCUGGACCAAUCACAGAGCGAAGUGAAGAAAAACCAAAGCAAUCCCUACUCUACGUUACCAUGUAUUACCGAUGGCGUAGCUCCAUUUUUUUUUUCUCCCCCUCUUCCUCUUCCCCCCCUCCCCAUCCCCACGGACUUGAUUGAGAAGGGGAUGCGAUGUUUUUUAGACCAAUCGCGGAGCAAAUAAAGUAACAUCGAAGUCGUUCCAGAUAAUUUUUGACGCUUGAUCGAAAAUUUCUAGUUUUGACAAAGUAACCCUGUUUCUGUUGCAGCUUUGAGAAGGAUCGCGCAAGACAGGAGCAACUUGCUCGUGAGCGCAUCGCAGCCAUCAAGGCUCGCCGGGCGGCAAAUAGGGAAAAAUCUGAGGAAGAGGCACAAAAGGAACUGGAGGAGAAACUUCUGAAGGAGCAGGCAGAGGACAGUGAGAUUGACAAGAGGAACGCACUGGAUGUGGAGCAAGGAGGACUGGCACAACUACAGGAGGCCAUUUUGAGUGAGGUGGAGAGAAAACACUCUUCAGAACAAGAGGUAUUUUUCGUGAACGGUUACAUGAAGUAUAAAAGAUCCUUGUUUCCUGCUGUUAGGAGGCGUGCACAAACAGACUCAUCUCGGAAUUGUUUCAAAAAAGCCACCUACAUAUUGCUCCUGGGUUUGAGAGCAAAAGAGCGAACCUCGAUUGAGUGAUGUAAAACCAAAACCGAAGUAAUCACAACCAGCCAAUGAGAACAACGGAAAAUAUCACAAGGAGCCAAUGAGAACUCGAAUAAACAAUCUCGGGUAACAAUCGUCAAAUGUUCGUGAAACGGAUAGUUCCGAUAGACCGCCAAAUGGAUUUUGAUUGGCUCCGAUGUUAUUCCAAUGUCACAUACUUACGCUCGUGAACCCACAUGAUAGCGAAAUUACUAGUGCAUCUGCGCAAUAGUCACAAAAACGAGACAACAUAAGUUUUAGAAGCGUGGGAACACGCAAGAAGAGAAAACGCUUUUCGGUUAGGUGCGUGGCGCGAGUGUUCUGGACCAGUCUUAGGGAGAAGUAAAGAAAAACAAUACAAAUCUCUAAUCUUCUUUGACAGUCCGUUAGAAAUUGCCCUUCGAGAAAUGUGUAGAAAUGACGGUUAAGAAUCUCUUUUCACUCAUCUAGGCACUCACAGACCUCUUGGCCAAAGCUGAUGCAGAUCAAGAUGGUUUAGCCGCAGCCAGGUAUUUAACUGAGACAGAACGACAACAACGAGUGGAUGAACUAGGCAAUCAGAGGAGAGCUUGGAGAUUGGAUGCAGUUCGGAAUGCAAUGCAGGCUGUUCCUGAUGAAUUACAAACAGAGGUAUGGAUUUUUCUUCCUUUUUUUCUCAUCUCUUUGUAUUUCCACUUUCGUUUCCGUUCGUUUUCCUUUCAAGCAUACCGAUUUCUCUCGUUUGAUAUUGGUAUCAUCCCAAGGUUUCCUAACCCCCUUACUAGCAUUUUAGUUUGUCCAUAAGUUUUUCUUUCAUUUUGGUUUAAUUAAAAAUUAUCCAAAAAAAUGGAUACUGUAAAUUAUGAAACGGUUAUUUUCCGCUCGAUUUUUCGCGCGGGCCGUAAAUCCGAGCGGAAAAACUAGGUGUCGUAAAUUACAGUACGGACCGAGAAAACAAGGUUAGUAAGAUCUUUAUUAUAUUUCUCGGUUCAAAUAGAGGGGAAAGCUCUUGAUUCAUGCAGACGCGUUUAAUAUCAGCAAGCCGCGCUGUGAAGUCGCAGGCGCGUUCAAGUGCGCAGGCGCCGGCACGUAUUACCGAGAGCUAUAAUAAUGUAGCUUACAUUUGUCUUACUGUUGUCAAAUUCACAGGAUGAGAAGAAGGCUAACGCAACUCGUAUUGCUGAAAGCCGAGCUAAGCACAUGAACCUCUUAAAAGAGGCAUUGGUUCUCCAUAUAGAGACUAAACGAGCACAGCUCUUAACACAAGGAGUUGACGAAGAGAAACUUCAAGAAGAAAUAUCCGUUCUUAUUAUGGCUGAUUUACAAGAAAAGCAAAUGACCGAGAACAAUGCUGUUGCCAACAUUUUGGGCGCCGACAAGGUUAGUCAAUUUCAAACAGGUAAAACAGGAUCCGAGCAAAAAGGUCGCUAAGGCUUACAUAUUUGGAAGUGGAAUUUCAGGGAUUCUGUAGGUUUUUUAUCUGGGAAGUGUCCUCAGGGCGCUUUUCGACUGAGUGUUGUGACACCAGAGUAGUCACUAGAGCCAAUUAGGACUGUCAGCGGAGAGGAAAAUACCAAUAAGAGCCAAUGAGAAUUUACAGUAAAACCGACUAAACUGCUGGAAAAUGCGGGCGAUCAAGUCGCGAUUAAUUUUAAUUUUGUAUCUGAUUCUAAGCCUAGUUUUUUUUUUGGUAGACAACUGAAAUUUAGAUGUUAAUCCUAUUUCUGGAUUGUGUUGUGUGGAUAUUUGUUUCUUCAUGACGAUGUUUUACAGUUUUGGAUGACGUGCCUUUCAUUCAACAAUUUGCGAAAUUUACUUUUCACAGGACGAGUCCGUCUUGGCGCGAAUCAGAACUGAUCAGCGCAUGGCACGCCGAGAAGGAUGGAUGGACAACUUGGCUGCAACUUUAAUGGGUUCUCGUCCAGUGAGAAAAAGAAGCACAACUCUGGUAAUAAGAUAUCCGUUGAUCAAAGUUGACAUUCUCUUAGUUGUUUCCAUAAAUUUCCCUUAAUUGACCUUUUGAGAAGUGUUAUCUUUAUUCAAAUUAAUUUUUGGAUCUAUUGGUUUUUAAUUAAGCUUCAAAACGACACGAUAAAACAAACUCAUUUCAGGACAUUUGGAAUAGAAAUAAAACGAACAUCACGAACGAAACCGGGACAUAACAAAACGGAAGUUAGGAUUUUCCCCUUGAAGUUUACCUUUGAUAAUUAAAAAGACGUAAUUAACUUAUUGUUCUUCAACAAUUUUUCAUAAUCUCUGUUUGUAGUAAUCCAGAAUUCCUAUAUCUCAAAAGAGGAAAAGAUUAGGGGGGGGGGGCUUAUAUCGGGUGCAAUUUUUUUCGCAGUAGGGGAAAGGAGGGCUCAUGAGUGGGGGGAGGGGAGGGGAGGGGGGGGGUUAGUAAGUGGGUGGGGGAGGGGAGGGCUUAUAAGCGGCAGUUUAGGGUAGUCGAGGUUUACUUAACUUCUAAAGAUAGCAAACACUUAGAGUUAGAGUGUUACUUGUCAGAGUUAUCGUACGUUAUCUAGCAAUCAUGCUUCGAGAAUAACAAAGCGUAUAAGUUAGGCGGUGUUAAUUUGAUCUUAACUAAUAUACAAGGAAGUGUGCAACAGCUGGAAAGGAGUAUUAAUAAUGAAUCUCUAGUGUUUACUGACUUAAUACUCCUCUCACGACAGGCGCCGUCAACUUUGAUGGCGAAUCUGGCCGAAGCAGACGAGGAAGAAGUUCGUUUGGAGGAAGAACAGGAAGCUAAACUGGCAGAGCUGGAGGCUGAGAUGGAGAACGAAAAAGAAGCUCGAAAGUUGGCUGGAGCCACAGAAGAGGAGAUACAGAGAGCAAUGGAGUUAUUACAGAAACAGCAUGACGCCAAGAGAAAGGUAAACUUCUUGUUUUAAAAGAUUUAUCAUUUAUCCAGACUGAAUUGGUUUUUAAAGAGGCCACGCUACUUUUUCUGCUUCUUGGAAUGCAUGGCUAAAAAUUUCAAAUUUCGGCAAUGAUGAUUUAUGUUAAUCGUUUCACGUGAAUUUAUUCACGUCAUCAAAGCUACCAGCCCCUAAGAGUUGGUUUUUUCCAAUGUCUUUUUCGACCUAAACACAUUCCUUCCUCUAUCAACAAAAUUUAGCUCCAGUUCUUAUUAAAAACUGAAAGGCGUUUUGGCAUCGUGUCGUUAAAGGAAAACUGAUCAAAAAAUAGAGAAUUACCACUAAAAACCCAAUGAGGGCGCAAACAGACUUGACAAGGUCACGAUUGGGUUAAGCCUUUAAUUGGCUGAGAGGGAGGUGCAGGUUUUCUCGACCAAUCACGGAGAGAAUUUGAUAAACAAAACCAUUGCCAUCCCUGGUAACGUUUAACGUUCAUUUGCAGAAUCGUUUUGAUAUUUUCUCUGUGUUCCUCAGGCUAUGGCGGCUGAUGUAGAGAGACAGCGUAAUAUGGUGCGGCAAAGGCUGGAGGCCAAACGGAGGAAACGAGAAGAACAACAAUACGAAGAAGACAUGGCGGCUUCUAUUGUGACAAUGGCCGAGAAACAGUUCGCUCUUAUCCGAGAGAAGACAAUGUUGAGAAGAGAAGGACAGAAAGACACGGUGCGUCAUUGCGCAUUUUAGAAAAUGUAGCUUAGGUAGUUAUUUUCAAUCCAUCUCAAUCUUCUCCAUUAUUUGCCGUCCUUAUUCCUCCCUCGUUAAGUACUAACACUUCUAUGUAUUUCUAUUCUAUAGAAAUACAUAGAAGUGCACUCCGCUCCAAUCUUCUCCAUUCUUAACCUUUCCCGUAGCUUCUUAGUUUAUUAAUUCCCCUUGUAUGUUGAACUAUCUUACCAAACUAAUAUUUUAUUGCUAAUAUUAUUGUUAUUAUUAUUUUUUUCAUAUAUCCAUCAUCAGCCAUUCCUGUUUCUUCUUGGUUUAUUGUUGUUUCUGUUGUGUUUUCUAUUUUACUGCGCUCAGAUAUUUGGUAUUUUUCAGUUCGCGUUUAUCAUUAACGUGAAUUGUAAGACAGUCUUAUCCAUCCUUAGCUCUCGCUGCUUCUUUCUCUGUUGAUUAUUAUUUUAUUGUUAUCUUCACCAAACAAAAAUAUUUUAUUCUCCUUCAAAUGAGUGGGAGAUAAGAUAUAAGAUAUUCUUAAGUUGCCCUUUAGUGGAUAAACACCAGCGCCAAUUUCUCACUGAAACGAAACAAAUUGUUAGCACUGAUCCAUGCUAAAAUUCAUCGGCUUGCCUCGUUUCUUGUCACACUCAAGUUUUCCACCAGGGUAAGCGAUGGUUUUUAGACGGAAGAAAGGACAAUUUCAAUCGAAUUUGUUGGCAAGUCUCAUUUGUCCGCCAGUGAAGGGGUCAAAUGAAAGCACAGCCUUUAGAAUUCAUUGUGUUUCAUAGAAUAAAAUGUUGCCGCUCUAAAUCAUUUUAAUUAAAUCACGUCAAUUCUUAUAAGCGUAAAAUUUACCGUCGGAAAUCACUUGUUUUAUUAUUAAAAAAAACAUUGAAAUACAGCUAAAUUUACGCUUCUUUCCGCAACACGUAUGUUACCUGAAAUAUCUAAUUCUGACCUGGACGCUAUUAAUCUGUUCUUAUGACAGCUAAAUGAACGCUUGGCGCGUAGAAGAGCAGAGCGUGAAAAGAAAAAAGCCGAGGAGGAAGAGGCCAGAAAAAAAGAAGAAGAAGAAGCGACCAGAAAGAAGGCUGAGGAAGAAGCAAAGAAGGCGGAAGAACCGAAACAGGCUCCAGCGGACUAUCCAUUACCGGUAAGAAGAGAACUAUGAGUGACCUUAAUGGAAAUUCUCCGCACAAUACCAAUGCGUUUUUUAAGCAGAAAGGUGAUGAGGAGAAAGAAAAAAAAAUCAAAUAGGGUGUACUAUUUGAAUUUACAAUUAAUUCCCAGAGCAAAGAGUACAAGACAUGUAUGGUAGAUAGUGCGGACAAUUGAUGUUUAGGUUAAGUCGAGGGGCUAACGUUUGUCGCAAUCGUUGCGCAUAGAGAAAUCAGAGCCCAUGGGUAUAUUACAGCGGUCAAACGAGGGUAUGCACAAAUGGAUCAAUUCUGGGCAGCCGCGUAUCAAAAUUUUCCGCGCAAAAUUAUCAAGGAAAACAGAAGAAAACGGGUUUAGCGUAAAAUUUUACGGACGACAAAGAAAAAUAAAGAUUUCAUCACACUGAGAUGUUACUGCUUCUUUUUUACGGGUGUUUUUGAUUAGUUAUUCACUAUGUUUUGUUCCAAUUAGGGCGGCUUUGCUAUGAAGCGAGAAAAGACGGUGAUAGACGUAGAAGUUUCCAAAGAGAAGCAACAAGAAAUCCUAUCAUCUCUGUUACGUGAACACACUAAUGUUGGAAUGAAGUUUGAACGAGAGAGAACUCGUCAAGAGGAAAUGGUAUGUUUUAGUUCUAAUCACCCGGACAAUACAAAGGAUUCUUAACGCGCUUUAAAAGCUAUAACGCUAUAAACGUCAGUAGAAAGAGCAAGAAACGCAUUUGCUGUUGUGAUGAAAACUUAAUUUGGAGACGAGAUGACGGAAGUUCUGGCAUUUUCGAGGCCUUAAAAAUCGUCAAAUUUGGUUGUGAGUUGAGGAAAGUCAUCAAGGCGGAGGAAAAGGAUCUCUCUGCAAAACAAAUGAAAGAAAGAUGAGCCGUGAUUGAAAUACCUUUUUCAAAUCAUUUUGAAAUCAGGCUUUUGGUCACAAGUCAAGGUUGAUGUCAAAAAGUGCACAAAGAAUUAUUAAUAGUCGUAGUUCGUAAAAGUUCAAAGUGAUCUCUUUGAUCGAAAGGUUUAAGACUCGUGUUUGUGGUCGGCAAAUUUUACGUUUGACUUCACCAAGUUUCUUUUGUUUUCGUUCAGCUGAAAGCCCGGAAAGAAAGGAAAAAGUCUCGAAUUGAACGAAAACAGGAAGAGGUGGCGACCAUUAUGGGUCUGGGAGAGAGACAGAAGACAUUUGUGGAGCAACAGAAGAAAGUAAGUUUUCUUUCAUUCCUUUGUUUCUUUUUCAUAAAUGCCCUAAUCCAUCUUACCGUCGUCGCAUUUUACCCGAAUUUGUUGAGAGUUUUCGUUGUUAUUGUUCCAUUUACCCAUAUUUGCAACUUCUGUUUACUUACGUUUGCUAUUUCCUUCCAUAGGAAGAGCGCGAACGUCAAAUUACCAUGGUUCGCGAGCGAAUCGCGCGUGUUCGCUAUGAGCGCACGAUGACAAUGCGCGAACCCAAAGAUGAGAAAGCACAAGGUUUUGAGAGUCUGUUAACAGAAGAAGAGAAAGAAGGACUGUCUGAGGAGGAGAAAAUGAAACGGAUCGCCGCAAAAAUGGAGGAGAAAUUCAAGAGUGAACAACGCCGUGUGUCAACAGUUUCAGCGGUAGGUUGCGUUAAGUUAAAGAAAUUGUUUUUUCUUUUUAAAGAAAGGAGGUUUUCUGUCUUCAAGUUUGAGUAAGUUUUGUGUUCAUGUUCCACGAACGUUCUGUAUACCUUAUCCAAAAUGGUGGUAUUUAACAUGGAGACAAAAUGGUACUGUAUUCUGCGCCAUUUUAGAAUAAUAUGCGAGACUGAUAUGAAAACCUCAUUAGACUGAGUAUUGGUCAAGAAGUGAAAUAUUCUGCAUAUGGACAACUUUCUAUAAACACAAACAAAAUGACACGAUAGCUUACUAACAGUCUACUUUGAUUGACAGCUGGCUCCUCCCAGCCAAUCAUUCAGCGCCAGCUCAGCCGAGACUUCUGAGGAGGAGGGUCCUCAUACAGAACGUGCACCACAGCUCCUGGACGAAAAGAGCCGAAAUAAAAAACUGAAGGAGCGUAUGGCCUCACGCAAAAGAGAGCGACGCAGAUCUGUCGCGCCACCCUCCGGAGAAGACGGUGGUGCUACGGGUGGGGCUGACGAGUGAUGGAGCAUGAUGUUAACCCACAGAUCAGCUCCUGAGCUGGCAGGAUUAGUGAAAACUUACUAUUUAUUUCUGGUGUUAUUUAUUGAGUUGGUCUAGUUUUUUUAGUCGCAGUAGAUAGGCUUUGGUCAGUCUUCUAGUUUUUAUGUAAAUAGGAUUAAUGUAGGAAAAUUGUUUCGCUCAGUUUACAUGCUUAUUAUCGUAACUUCCACGGUUAGGUAACGAAGG